AACAGGACGUCUUUAAGUGAAGAAGUUUAUCCCAGUAUGAGCUUUCUUCUGCUCUGUAAGGUUUUUUUUUACUGGCUACACUACUAAAACAUAAAUAAAUAAGUCUGAAGGAGUAAUAUUGUUUCUCUUAUGAGGAAAGCGAUGAGACAUCGGUCAACUUCACCUCCGCUUCAUGUCCACGUCAGUGACGACACACCGGUCCAUGUGCACAUAAAGAGUCUCAGAAGGAGUCCAAACAAAACACAGCAGGGGAAGAUCAAAACAGACACAGGAAGUCUCCGUCCCACAGCCACGGUCAGAACCCGCGUGCCAUGGAUUCCCCCGGGUAAAACCUCCAUACGUGACUCGGCGUUCAAGUGGGAGGGUCUGACACACCGCCUCGAGAUUGUACCACCACUUCCAGAACCAGAACCAGCAUCAGAGACCCAACAUUCUCCGCUGCGAUUGGCUGACCUGGCAACAGACGAGGAGGAUGAGCAGGGGGAGGGACUACACGGACGAAUCAGCCAGUACGAGAGGAAGAUUGACAGUUUAAUGACAGAAGUUGGCUCUCUGAAGAAUGAGGUGGAACUCCGUAAGAAGGCGCAGCAGCUGGAGCGUCAGUCGGAGCGGCUGAGUGCGUCGAAGCGAGUGAUCGCGGAGCAGGAGGAGGAGCUCGCCGAGGUCACCAAGGACCUGGUGGAGACGGAGAGGGAGAACUCGCGCCUACGCCAGUCCAUGGAGAAGAUGCUGGAGGGGAGCGACGUCCACAGACCGGACAGAACUCCUCAGGACAAAGACGCUCUGCUCAGGAAGCUGAUGGAGGCCGAGGUGGACGGAGCGGCCGCCGCCAAACAAGUGUCCGCUCUCAGAGAGUCUGUUUCCAAACUGGGCGGAGCCACAAGAGUGUCAGCUGCUGAGGUUUCAGGCCUGGAUCAUCAGAAGAUGAUGCUGCUGCAGAAACUGGAGACGUUUGAGAACACGAACAGAGCUCUGAGACAUCUUCUCAGGGAGCAGUACGGAUCCAAGAUGGAGUCAGUGCGACUGUCGGAGCAGAAGGACGAUUUACUGAAGAGACUGGGAAACACGGAGGCCGACAACGCUCUUCUUGUGGUGAAACUUCAAGAGAGAGAGAAAGAGGUCGAUGAGCUCUCCAGACUCCUGGACACGGAGAAGGACAAUUCCAAGAGCACGGUUCAUUUGUCCAAGAGUCUGGAGUCGACACGAGCUCAUUUACAAGGGCAGCUGCGCAGCAAAGAGGCCGAGAACAACCGACUCGUUGUUCAGAUAAAGAACCUGGAGCGAGUGGCAGAGCGUCAGAAAGUGGAGCUGGAACAUCUGAAGGAGCAGCUGACGAGGCAGAAGCAGCAGGCGAGCGCUGACCGAGACGCUCUGAAACGAGCCACGAGAACCCAGAAGCAGAGAGCGGAGCGCUGCCAGGACACCACGGGACAGCUGAGCGUCCAACUCCUGGACAUGGAGAAGCAGUUGACUGAAGCUCUGUCCACAGCUGAAAGUUGGCAAAGUCUUCACACACAACAGGUGAAAGACAAGAGUAAACUGGAGAUGGAAGUGUCGCUGCUCAACAGUCGUAUUUCAGAGCUGACGGAGCAGAUUCGCAGCGCAGAGGAUAAAAGUCGUCUGGAGAGAGAGACUCUGCUGGACCGACUGCACGUCCUGACCACGGAGAACACGGCAGCCAAACUGGACAACCAGGCUCUGAAGGUCUCAGCGACCACGGUGGACGAGAAGCUGCUGGUGUCUCAGUCUGAGCUGCAGCAGGUCAGAGCUUCCAUCAGGCAGUAUGAAAGUCUGCUGGACAGCUACAAGAUCCAGGUGGGGAAAACACGAGCCGAGGCCGACGACUUCGCCGCUCGUCUGGCUCGGGCGGAGCAGGUGGCUCAGGCCGUGCGGGGGAAACUGGACCAGGAGGUGGACGAGGUCCGUCGGGAGCUGCAGGGACGUCUGGCAGAGCUGGAACAUCUGCCUGAUGCUCUGCGCCGCGCCGAGCUGCGGCUGCAGGAGGCUCAGGACCGAGAGCGCGGUCAGGAGAGACGCAGCGCCGAGCUCGGCAACAACCUGACCGAACUACGCAUGAAGGUGGAGACGCAGGGAAACCACAUGGAUCUGCUGAGACAGAAGAACAAGGUUCUGCUGGAGGAGAACAGACGGCUGCAGCAGCGAGUGGAGACUCUGGAAAAGACGUUGGAGGAUUCCAGUGCUCAGAACAGCGAGCUGCUGUCAGUCCUCAGCAAGCGUGACGAUGCCAUUCACAGCAAUCAGCUCCGCCUGGAGGAGAAAACCAGAGAGUGUUCCCUGCUGAGCCGAGGUCUGGAAGAGGCUCUGGACGACGCUCGACGACAGGUGUCGGAGAGCCGAGAACGUGCUUCCACCAAAGAACGCUCCACCCAGGCCAAGGUCGUGGAACUGGAGACGCAGCUCAGCAGAACCACGUCAGAAAUCAACCAACUGCGACGUAGCAAAGAGGAGGCGGAGCGGCGAUACCAGAGUCGACUCCAGGACAUGACGGAUCGUCUGGAGCAGUCAGACAGCACCAACCAGAGCCUGCAGAACUACGUCCAGUUCCUCAAAGAGUCGUACACCAACGUGUUUGGAGACGUGGUGGUCAGCAGCUCCCUGCAGGCUCCUCCCUCUCCCAUCUGACCGUCCCACCAUCACACAAUCAGGGUUAUAACCAAACGAAAACCUGAAGGACCUGGAACAUAGGAGCUGUGGUGGGUCAGAAACGCAGAAUAUUACCAAACCGUAAAAAGCCUCAGCGCUGCUCUCAAAACAUGUCUCAACCAGAGAAGGAGAAAAAUGAGAGACAGCGGUCGAGAUGAGGUAAAACAUAGAGCAGUUUCUCCCCAAACUUUAUAUUUGAGGACUGUCGUCACCCAAAUCACAAAAAAGUCAUGAUAAAUUACAGCCGUAUGUGUAAAAACAAACCUCAACAAACGUUUCCACAGAUGUUUGGUAAAUUCAUUAAAACUUGUUAUUUAAAAAUUAUACACAUAAAAUCUCAAAUAAAAGGUUUUUAAAAUUCGGCAAAACUUGCUUGGGGACCCUAAAAUCAUGGCCUGCGAUCCAUCUGUGGGCCCCCGACCCACUUUUAAUGAACCAUUCACUCAGCAGUCUGGAGCAAUGUGGGGUUAAGUGUUUCACUGAACUACCUAUAUGAAUAUUUUUUCCACUUUAAAGCAUUAAAGGUUUAUUCAUUUUUAUGUUUACGCAUAAAAAAAAGUUACGUUUACAUUUCCAGGGUGACCAAGACGUAUUGUUUUAUCGCAAUCAUCUGUGAUGCUACGACCUCUGCGAGACUCUCGACAACAGCGUGGUGGAUUAAUCGUGGGUUAAUUGUUGCUAAUGUACGUGAAGUGAAUUUUUUGACACAAUCAAAUGAGAAGGUGAAGCUCGUGUUCACAAAGACUUCCAUUCAAACUAAGUUGUUUUUGCGACAAAAGGAGUUGCCCCCUGGUGGCUGUUCAGUAUAUUUUUUACUUCCAGAAAUCCACGUCCACAUUUUAUAAAUGGUCUGAGUUUUAAUGAAUACAAAUACCCUGUUUUUCUUCUUUUUACAAUAUUUUCCCAUGAUUCCAUGUCAAUUACUUGUUUGACUAAACAUCCGACAACAAAUAUCUUUGUGUUUACAUAAUUUUUUUAACUGUUAAGGAUGUUAUUUUUAUUUUAAAUCAAGCCAAAAAUGACACAUAUUCCAACUCUGUCGUUAAAGCACAGGCCAAGUCUUUUUUUAAUCAACUGUAACCAUCAAAAAGAUGCAUUUUACUGUGUUUUUGUGUGCUAUUUAAUACAGAAA